AUGAAGCUAGAACAAAUUACUUUUACUCCAAGCCAUGAUACCAGGACAGAAAGUGUUUUGGACACAACUAAACAAUUCACAACUGAUGAGAUAUUUAAUAGUCAAGAAGCAUUGCUUAAUUGGAGUCAUGUGCAAGGACGAAAGUGUGGCAUAGUAGUUGUCAUUAAAAGGUCUGAUGGAGUUGGAAAAAUUAUAACGAGGAGGGCUAGAGUUACUUUAGGUUGUGAGAGAGGUGGGCAUUAUAUUAAGAAGCCUAAUGUAGAUUUAGAUGAUGAGCAACCAAUGAAUUCUGAAGUAGAUGUAAGUAUUGAUCAUCGGAAAAAAAAGCGCUCUAAAAGCACUGGUACAAAAAAGUGUGGUUGCCCGUUUCAGUUGAAGGGGUUAAAUAUUAGUCUUGGAGAUGAGUGGAAAGUUGAGGUUGUAUGUGGAGUUCAUAACCAUCAAUCUGCUGAGUAUCUUAAAGGACAUUCUUAUGCAGGACGGUUAAGCAAGGAAGAAAACAACUUGCUGAUGGAUAUGUCUAAAAGCUUGGUGAGGCCAAAAGAUAUAUUAUACACCAUUAAACGACGAGAUGGCAAAAAUGUAACAACAAUGAAGACAAUCUACAAUGCUAGACACAAAAGCAGAGUGGUUGAGAAAGCUAGUAGAUCUGAGAUGCAACUAUUGCUAUGUAGACUAUCUGAUCACAAAUAUAUUAAUUGGCAUAGGACUGAUGACACCAAUUGUGUGAGCGAUCUUUUUUGGGCUCACCCUGAUAGUGUAAACUUAUUGCACGCAUUUCCUCAUGUACUAGUAAUGGAUUGCACAUAUAAGACAAACAGGUUUCGAUACCCAUUACUACAAAUUGUGGGGGUAACAUCGACGAAACUAACAUUCUCAGCUGCAUUUGCUUAUAUUUCUUCUGAAAAGGAAGACAACUAUAUGUGGGCUUUGAAUAGAUUGAAAAGCAUCAUGAAUACAAAUUGUCUUCCAAGUGUGAUUGUCACUGAUAGGGAAAUGGCACUUAUGAAUGCCAUUCGCAAUAUGUUCCCUAGUGUCCGACAUUUAUUAUGUAGAUGGCAUAUCAACAGGAGUGUGAUGAAGGCUUGCAAGGGCAUACUUAAGAAAGGUGAAAAAUGGGAACAAUUUAUAGUGUUAUGGAAUAUGUUGGUCUUAGCAAAGACUGAGGUUGAUUAUGAAAGAAAUCUACUUGAGAUGGAUAGGAUAUUUGAAGGAAAGUAUAGUAAGAUGCUUGAUUAUGUGAAGGUCAAUUGGUUAAAAGAGUAUAAGGAUUGGUUUAUGGCUGUAUGGACAGACACUUGCAUGCAUUUUGGCAACACCACAUCGAAUAGGGCAGAAAGUGCACAUUCACAACUAAAGCGACAACUUGGCACAAGCCAAUGCAACUUCGAAACAUCGUGGGCCAAGAUUCAUGCCAUGUUAGUAUUGCAACACACUGAGAUAAAGGCUUCAUUUGAGAAGAGUCAAUCAUUUGUCCAGCAUGAAUUCAAUAAGGUGAGCCUACUUAAAGACUUGAUAGGGUAUGUGUCUAUUGUUGCCUUAGAGGAAAUUUUGUGUGAGUCAAAGAGAAUACAAUAUGUCGGGGCUGAUCCCAUUGCAUGCGGCUGCGUUAUUAGACGUAGCCACGGGUUACCAUGUGCUCAUGAGAUGGCUGAGCUAAGUCGAGUAUUCCGACCCAUUCCUCUUCAUUGUGUUCAUCCUCACUGGAGGAAAUUAGAUAUGUUUCCUACCGCACAAAUUAAUGAUAACUUAGAUUCUCCUGAAGAUGCAAAGAUUGACGUAUUUGUCAACUGGUUUAAAAGUAAUGAUUAUGACACUAAGAGACAUAUUGGUAUGAAAUUACAAGAGAUUAUGGGUCCAAAAUCUUCAACACUUAGAGAACCACAAGUGAAGAUCAAGACAAAAGGGCGUCCGAGUAAUUUUGACAAGUCUACUCGUAGAUUGCCUUCAGCCUUUGAGCUUGCUGAAUCCGAUUGUAAUAGGAAUUCUCGAACAUUGUCUGACGGUGUAGUCUAUACGAAACCUCCACCAAAAAAGCGAAAGAAACAAACACCCCCAUUAACAGUGAACCAUGAUACUCAAUCAUCAGCACUCGAAAUUGUAAAGAUUGAAACUACACUGCCUAAGAAGCGGACACCAAAACUACCGGUGCAUAAGCAACAAAUUGUCAAUCCCGAAGACUUGACACAACAAUAUAAUGACAAACUUCCAGCUGCUAUAAGGCCAUUUAUUAUGGGGGCCAAAGAUGUAAAAUCUGAUGGCAAUUGUGGCUUUAGAGCCAUUGCUGGGUUGCUAGGUUACGGGGAGAAUUCUUGGCGUAAAAGUGUUGAAAGUAAGCGUGAGGUUGAGUAUCGCUUGGAUUAUUUUGAUGAUUACCCUUUAGAAGAUAGAUGGAUGCUCAUACCAGAAAUGGGUUACCUUAUUGCAAAUUGUUACAAUGUGCUACACUUGCAACCACACCAUCCCAUGCCACCUGUUAUCAAUCGUUGGCUUGAUAUUUCCAACCUCAAAGCAUUUGAUUGGUAUAAGUCCAUAUCGAGAUCGCAUUGA